UUUCCGUCAUCAGUGAGUGCGCUCUAGCAUCAUGUUUAGCAUCGUCCGCGGCUCAACGGUUUUGUAACUUAAAACACAAGUAUAUACGUGCGUAUUACGAUAUAAUAAGAUAGUGUUCCUUGCUACAGAGCUGGCGUGUGUGCAUUGUGUUUGAUGCAGCCAAGGCCCGUCGGGACAAUAAAAUGAAACGUUUGCUAUAGUUAUUUUUACCAGGUAGGUUAGCAUUAGCUGUUAGCUUUUUUUCAGGCACUCCGGACCGGCUGUAUGUGAGCACAAAGGCCGAGUCCAUCGCCACGCCUCAUAACAAUGUAUCCCUCCUGGGGAAAUUAUGGGGCACCCCCGUCGCAAAACUUUGGAGGGCAAGGGCCCCGUAAGCAGCCCGGUGGCGGAAACAUCGGCACUGAUGCACCGGGGUUCGGGGGCUUCGAGGCCCCAUCAGCCGGAUCCAUGUUCUCCAGCCUCCAGGAGCAACACUUGCAGCAGAUGCAGCAGCUGCAGAUGCUACACCAGAAACAGCUCCAGUCAGUGCUUCACCACGGUAGUAAUGCUAAUGCCAAUGCGUACAGUGGUGGUGGUGGUGGUGGUGGUGGUGGACACAACGUUGGUUAUUCCGGGUCGUCGUGGCAUCCAGAAAGUGCAGGACAUUCAGACAGCAAUGCUGGAGCUCAAUCGUACUAUCAACAGGACGAGGCGACCAGAGGUCCCCCUGCACCUCAGACGGGUCAGCCACAGCCUCCUCCACUGCCACCGCAACCGCAUCCCAACGACAGCAAACCGUACCCCCCCCCUCCAGAGCCCCAGUCGUCUAAGCCACCGGAGAACAUCGGUGCUCCCAAAGAAAAAGAGUCCAAUAACAAAGACCCACCCACACCAGAGGACGACACAACCCUACCAUUGCAGGAGCAACAGCAACGUUGGUACAAACAGCAUCUUCAGAAUUUACAAAAGUUAAAGCAAGAGAAGGCAAAACAGAAUCAGAAAGAGGGUGGUGGUCAUGGGCCACCACCCCCCUCUGGCCAUGCAGUUCCUCCUCCUCCUCCAUCAGAACCACCAAAAGGCGCACCUCCUCCACCCCCUCCAAAAGAGGAGCCUCCAGCACCCCCUCCACCACCUGAUGAGGGAAAGAGUGAUACUCUGGAAGACCCAGAGGAGGCUGCCCGCCUCCAGGAGUUACAGGCUGCAGCAGCGCAGUGGCAAAAGGUGCAGCAAGAAAGAGCUGGCUUACAAUACCAGGCUCUCAUGCAACAACACGAAAAGCUUCAGCAGAUCCUGGAAAAAUAUCAACAGCUGAUUCAGCAACCUGCAAAUCUAGCGUCAAUGUCUGCUGAAAUGCAGCUCAGGCACUAUGAAAUGCAACGGCAGCAGUUCACCCCCUUAUUCCAAGAGUGGGAUCGCUCCUUCGUCCUGUGGUAUGAACAGUUUAAGACCUAUCCCCACAAAGAUCAACUGCAGGACUAUGAACGCCAAUGGAAGCAGUGGCAGGAGCAGAUGAACGCCACCAAUGCGCACCUUCAAGAAAGGGUGGCCACACUCACUGCCAUGGUGCCAUUCGCUUCAAACCAGUAUAGUAGUGGAAUGAUGGGACAGUUUGGCCAUUACCCUGGACAAGACAUUCACAUGCAGCAGCACACAGCAAUACCAGGUUUGCAGCAUUCCCCAGCUGGUGUUGGUCCAAACUCUCAAGGUCCACCUCCCACUGGCUUUGGACCACAUUCAGAGUCACCUGCUGGACCCCCUGUGAGAGGCACCGGCCCUGCUGGCUUAGGAGUCAGACCCCCAGGUCCCCCUGCUAUUCAGCCAACAAGCAACAACAGUGUCAGCGGUCCACGUCCCGCUGUUCCCACUGGAAACAACCCUAGAUAUGACCAGCCACAGCAAGGGUUUGAUGGUCCUCCAAGAUUUGACCAGCCAAAUCGCUUUGAUGGUCCUCCAAGGUUCGAACAAACGCAGCACCGCUUUGAUGGACCCCCAAGGUUCAACCAACCGCAGCAGCGGUUUGAUGGCCCCCCAAGGUUCAACCCACAACAGCAGCGGUUUGAUGGCCCCCCAAGGUUCAACCAACAACAGCAGCGAUUUGAUGGCCCCCCUCGAUUUGACCAACAAAGGCACCGCUUUGAUGGUCCACCAAGAUUUGACCAACCACGGCAACGCUUUGAUGCCCCCCCCCGAUUUGGGCCGCCGUCUAGGUUUGACCAGCCCCAAAGGCCUCCUGGCCCCGCGCCAUUUGAACGCCCACCUGGGCCCCAGCAGCAACAGCAAGUAGUCCAACCUAAGGCAAAACCUGCCACUACAGACUUGAAGACUCCUGGAAAGACAGCCGGGCAGCUACAGUCUGAAAAAGAAAAAGGUAAAUCAAAACCCGGCGAUAAGGCCAAUUCUGAUGACUUGACAGAGGACAACUUACUUGGAACUGAGGGUUUUUUUGUCCAGAAGGACCCCAUUCCCCAGACAUUAAAUACCAGCACAAAGCCUGAGGAAUCAGAGGACAACAAGGAUGCUUCUAACAAAAGUGAGAAACCCAAACCUGGUAACAACAAACCUUCUUUACCUGCUCCCUCUUCUGUAACUGCUCCCUCUUCUGUCGCAUCAAAAAAUACUGCUGCACAAAGUUUGCUCAAACCUGAUGGGCCAUUGACAAAAAACAAAACCCCACAGGUUCCAAAGCCCUCAGGAAUCCAACAGGAGACUGGCCAUAUGCAGUCAAGACCAGAUCAACCAAGGCAUCCUCCUGGAAGGGGACGAGGCCAGCCACCGGGACCUGUGCAAGGUCGAGGGCGUGGGCAAAUGGGGCAUGGAGAUUUCAGGGGACCUAACUCUAUACCACUUGGGGGGGAGAUUGAGGAAAUGCCGUAUGACUACAUGCCACCUGAAGAAAACGUGGGGAUGCCAGAAGAACAGGAGGAGUAUCAUUGGCAAGAUCCUUCAUAUGAGGAGUGUGGUGAUGAGGAAUCAGAGGAGCCCCCUGAAGAAAUGUGGAUGCAAGAUGGAUAUCACUACGCAGCAGAGGAAGAGUAUUAUGAAGAGCCAACUUGUGGACCCUCUAUGGGGAGAGGAGGCCCCCCGAUGAUGAGAGGAGGGCCCCAUAUGGGAAGAGGAGGACCACCUUUUGGGAGAGGUGGUCUUCCUAUGGGGAGGGGAGGUCCACCUAUGGGUAGAGGGGGGCCGCCUAUGGGGAGAGGAGGGCCACCAAUGGGGAGAGGAGGGCCACCUAUGGGUAGAGGGGGACCGCCUUUUGGUAGAGGGGGACCGCCUUUUGGUAGAGGGGGUCCACAAAUGGGCAGAGGAGGACCCCCAAUGGGUAGAGGAGGACCCCCAAUGGGUAGAGGAGGACCCCCAAUGGGUAGAGGAGGACCACCAAUGGGUAGAGGAGGACCACCAAUGGGUAGAGGUGGACCCCAUAUGGGAAGAGGAGGGCCACCCAUGGGAAGAGGAGGACCAAUGGACAUGUACUGGGAAGACCCUGAGUCGGCAGAGUACCCGGAGGAAGGCGAUCCUUACUGGGGAGAAAGGAGACCUCCUAUGAGAGGCAUGAGACCCCAAUUUCCACCUGGCCGGGGCCGUCCCCCACCUGGUCAUCCUGGUUUCAUGCACCAAGGACGAGGGCGCCCCCCUCAUCCAGCGCAUGGCCCAAUGGAUCAUGAGGCGUUAGGCCAAGGAAUAAACAUGGAUGAUACCGAAAUGGAUCCCACAAUGCACCCCGGACAUGAGCCUCAUAGCCACCCGAUGCAUCCUGAUGCAGGAAGAGAAAGGCAUGGCGUGCCACCCCCACCUCGCGAAGUGAUUGAUUCUAUAGAGGACCCAAUGUACAGUGAAGGCAUGGAGAGAGAUUUAGACUGGCAACCGCCUCAUGGCAGAGAACCGCCUCAUGGCAGAGAACCGCCUCAUGGCAGAGAACCUCCUCAUGGCAGAGAACCUCCUCAUGGCAGAGAACCUCCUCUGCCUCCACAUGAGAUCAUUGAUCCUGAAGGAAUGAGGCGGAGACCUAUGGGUAGAGGCAUGUCGCGGCCAGGUCCAACACAUGAGGAAUAUGAAGAGAGACAUAAAGAGGGUUUCGUGGAGGAUUAUGGUCAUGGAGAACACGGUCGCUGGCGGCCACCACAGGACCAUCCUCCUGGUAACUAUCGGCAUGAGGCCAAGUAUGGCUAUGAGUCUGAAUGGGACAGAGAGCGUGCUCCUCCUGAGAGGGAUUAUCCCCCCCGCAUGCCACGCCCAGAGCUCUACAGAGAAGAAAGAGAAAGAGGUCACCCACAUUCUUAUGAUGAGCAUGACAGGGGAAGAGGAGAACUCAGAAUUCGGGAGUAUAGAGAUGAGCCAGCAUAUCGCCAGGAUGACCAACCAUACCCGCCAUCAGCUCCACCUUCAGAAUGGGACAGGCCUUCAAGACUUCCUCCAUCACCAGUGAGAGGGUAUCCUGCUGAGUAUGAGAAUCGCAGACCUCGCUAUGAAGAUCCCAGAGAAGAGACUCCCUUACCUGCUGCUGCUGCUGCUGCACCCGUCACAAACUUGCCAGAACAUGACCCAGAAUCACAAGGAUCGAGUGGAUCAAAUGUACUUGCACUCUCCCAACGUCAACAUGAGAUCAUCUUGAAAGCUGCUCAAGAGCUUAAACUUAUAAGGGAAUUGCAUGAAGGGAAGACACCUGCUACUGCACCCCAGCCUGCAUCGGCCGACAUCCCAGCCGAGCUUCCUGCUGGUCUUCUUGGUUUGGAGAUCCCAGCAGACAUCAGGAAUGUUCUGAAGGGCAUGAGUGCAGCAGCACAGACGGCUUCAACCGAACCUGGGUCUUGGGAUAAUACACCUGCUGCCACACGUUACCAGACAUCUCUCUCUGCGGCCACACCUUCAGUGAUGCCAAAGACUGUGGAUUACGGGCAUGGCCACGAGCCUGGAGCCACUGUUGAGCGGAUCUCUUAUGGUGAGAGGAUUGUGUUGAGGCCUGACCCAGUUCUCUCAGACCGGGGCUAUGAAAAAGAACCCCUUGGUCCCAGGGAUCCUUACGGCAGAGAUCCAUAUUAUGAAAGAAGAUCAGACCCUUACAUGGAGCGCCGGGAGUACAGCAGAGAGAGGGAGUUAUACAGAGAGAAGCCCCCACCUGAAUAUGAAAGAGAACGAUAUGAGAGGGAGCGCUAUCCACCACGAGAGAGAGAUGACAGAUCUCCACUGGCACCUGCGCCCCGCUCAGGAUACAGGGAGAGAGAGCGGGAACUUCGAGAGAGAGACCGAAGUGACAGUCGUGACCGAGAGGAGCAUUAUGGAAGGCCGGGCUAUGACAGACCUCCAUAUGAGCGCAGCGGACCCGACCGUGGCGUGCCUGAGCGGUACGGCCAUAGCUCCUCACCGUACGGAGAAAGAAGAAGUUAUCCAGAGGAAAGGGGGCCUCCCACUGCAUCACCCCUCGCACCUCCCCCACAGCCAGCCCCGCGCGUUGAGAAAAAGCCAGAAAUCAAGAAUAUUGACGAUAUCCUCAAACCACCUGGAAGAUCAUCUCGGCCUGAAAGGAUUGUCAUCAUAAUGAGAGGGCUUCCAGGAAGCGGAAAAAGCCACGUGGCAAAGCUGAUACGGGAUAAGGAAGUGGAUUGUGGCGGUGCACCCCCAAGAGUUCUCGUUUUGGACGAUUAUUUUAUGACGGAGGUUGAGAAAGUAGAGAAAGACCCAGACACAGGGAGACGAGUGAAACGCAAGGUUCUUGAGUACGAAUAUGAGCCAGAGAUGGAGGAUACGUACCGGAACAGCAUGCUGAAAACAUUUAAGAAAACUCUGGAUGAUGGCUUUUUUCCCUUCAUCAUUUUAGACACUAUUAAUGACAAGGUUAAACAUUUUGAUCAGUUCUGGAGCGCAGCCAAAACGAAAGGCUUUGAGGUAUAUCUUGCUGAGAUCACUGCAGACACUCAGACUUGUGCAAAGAGAAACAACCAUGGGCGCACGCUAAAGGAUAUUUUGAAGAUGUCAAACAACUGGGAGGCUUCACCUCGGCAUAUGGUGCGAUUGGAUGUCCGGUCCCUGCUUCAGGAUGCAGCUAUAGAGGAGGUCGAAAUGGAAGACUUCAAUCCCGAUGACGAGCCCAAGGAGCCGAAGAGAGAGAAGAGAGAGGAGGAAGAAGAGGGCGAUAAGGGCUACAUUCCAAAAAGCAAAUGGGAGAUGGACACGUCCGAGGCGAAACUUGACAGGUUGGAUGGUCUGGGGAGCGGUGGGAAAAGGAAACGUGAAGACAUGUCCGGCCUGGAGGACUACCUUCAGCUGCCAGACGAUUAUGCUACGCGCAUGUCACAACCAGGAAAGAAAAGGGUUCGCUGGGCUGAUCUCGAAGAGAAGAAGGAAGCAGAUCGAAAGCGCGCUAUCGGCUUUGUGGUGGGUCAAACGGACUGGGAAAGAAUAACGGACGAGAGCGGCCAGAUGGCACAAAGAGCUCUUAACCGUACCAAGUAUUUCUAAGAAGAUAAUCUUUUCCCCCUUCAUUGAAAGGUUUCAAGAAUGUGAAAAUACUGAAGCUCGCUUGUAGUGGAACAAGAGACUCAUCCAGGUGGCAAGAUCACCGAUUGUUAUCAAAUUAUUAGUUAUUUGAUCGAUAAGGAUAAGUCUUUUUCCAUUAUUUUUAAAGAGACACUGCUUAUUUGCUGUUCAAUUUGUAGUUUGUAACUGUGCAUCUUCUGGUCAUGGUCUGUAUUCAGUUAUGUUACUGUUUUAUACUCUUCAUGCUUUCUGUACUGUAGCCGUGUUUUUUGGUCCAUUUAAUUCUUGAAAAAACACAAUAAACUUUCACAAAAUUA